UUUUAAAAACGCAGGGGGAGGGGGAAUUCAAUUUUGUAAAAAGGAUGAUUUAAAAAAAAAAGUUUCAUCAAAAUCGGAGUGUAUCAGUCCCCGAUGUUCCCUUGUUAGAUUCUAGAUUCACCCCCUGACGCGCAAUUACCUUGAGGUUCGAGGAUCUAUCCUCGACUAUAAUGGAAGAACGCAAAGUACAAGGCGAAAUUUCGCUUAUUUAUCGAAGCACGGUAGUUCGACGCGAAAAUAGAGUCCUAAUUCUCGGAAUAACGAGUUUAUCACCGAUCCAGAUUAUUUUCCCGCUGGAAAAUCCUCGAUGCAAAUAAACCGUACGAUUUUCCGCGAUAACCGAGCCUCCAUUCUGGAAUCUGACUUGCUAAUAGAAGCGGGCCUGCUGCACACGCACCGUCUGACACGGUGGAUGUUUUGCAAGUCUAAUUUCGAAUUCAUCCACCAUCUUCCCUACCACCUAUUAAUUGCGAUCUUCGCUGAUUUCAAAAUUCUCCUCUCUUUCCAAACAAACGUCUCGACGAUUUUUUGCGUAUUUCACGAGCACCGUUACGAGUAUUUUGUCCUCGCGGCGUCGACAAGGCGCGAUCGUAAAAAUGGUUUAUUCCCUCGUGUAGCUUGUGACCAGGAGGCUGACUUUACGUGGUUUCUGCAGUCGUGAAAUUCGAGUCGCGACUACCGUUCGCGGUUGCUCAACCGGCUCGAUCGAAUCGUAAAAUUCGCCUUUCGAUGUGUUGUCAAGUUAUUCGUCGCCUGAUAAAAUGUAUCGGCAGGAAUCUUUCCGUUCUUUUCUCUCGAGUAAACUAAGAGGUGAAAUUGCAGAAACUCGGCUCUAUUUCCUGUUAUUUUGACAAAGCGAGGUACAAUACCGACCCGAAUUUCUCUUUUUGCGUUCAUUACCAGCCGACCUCGUUUCCCCUUGCAUCGUCCAAUUAAACGGUGAUGCAGCCGUCCCCGGGUCCCGGAUUCGCCCAUCGUUUUCAGCUUGAUGAGCCUCGCGAAACAUCAGAGAGAGCCGCUCGAAAAAAUGUCAAUUCCCUUGUAACGAGGAAAACCGGCGAGCAUGAUUCAUAAACGUCUCGUUAGUUUUCUUGCGAUUGUCUCUGCUUGCGUCAGACGAUUCGCCAUCAAAUUUUAUUCCGAGAAGUUAAAUUCCUUACGAGAAUUCGAUAAAACGAGGAGAACCGCGAUGUCGUAUCGAGGACAGCUGUCCGAAUUAAUUCAGCCGCGAAUACGCGAGAAAAUGUUCGAUUGGUGGCCUCGAAAAUUGUUAAAAGGUUUCGGAGAUCGCGCGUACCGUUGGGUGAAAAAAUGUUGAUUCGUUGCGAUGAAGAUAGACAUCUCGUUUGAGAUCGUUCUGAAAUAUCUGCCUCCUUGAGAAUUGCAUAACGCGCAGCGAGGCUGCCGAUUCGCAAUCAAAAUUGCGGCGCAUAAAAAUUAUGAAAUAUUAAUUAUAGAAGAAAAUAUUUGUAUAAAUGAUAAAAAAUCAAAGAAUUAAAUAAAAUAUAAAGCGGCGCUUGCAUUUUAUGCUCCGAAUUCGUCGCGUUCGAACGUGAAACUCACAGAAAUCCAUUCUGUUUAAUAAGUAUAUGCAAAUGUCGUCGCUCAUUAAGAGUAUUGAAAUAGACUCGAAGCCGAGGAUCUUGAUAUAAACUGACGAGGUUAUCCAGGAUAAUUAUCGCGUCGCUUCGAUUGCGAGCUACCGUGUAGGAAUGCGUUUCGUUUACUUAAACAGAGUAUUUUCCAUUCGACGCGUGUCUCGCUGUUUUGCAUAAUAACUCGGUAAAUAACACGUUUCCAGCCGAGAAAGCGCGAUUAUCCAUCCGUUGUCCGAAACGAAAUUAACGAUCGAAAGUGGAAGCUAGUUGAUUAGUCAAACAUCCUCGACAAACCUGCAACUAUUUCACCUGUUCGAAUAGUUUCAAUUUCAGACGCGAACAUCCGACGCGAUCGUUGCGUCGCGUCGGUUCGACGAUAUCAUUUUUAUGGGUGAUCUACAACGAAAUCGUCUUAGCAUCGUUUAUGUAGACAAUGCCAGAGGCACGUCUCCUUCUCCCGCAUUCUCAGCCCACGUCGUCAGAUACCGUAUUACGUGCGUAAUAUCUAAUGGACGUUUACGAGGUUUAAAGGUGGCACAAAGUGGGCUAAUACGAGGUGCCAUUUAGUCAGUUAAAGGUCUUUGAAGCCACGUCGUAUCGGUGCUCUCGCUUAUGCAAUAAAUACAUAAUUUUAUAGUUAUUAAGUGGCCGUUCGUAUUUCUGCGAGCCGACCUACGCUGAAACAUAUCGCGAAUACUUCUACCACCGAAACGGUCACGAGCGGGAGAAUCAGCAGCAAAGAGACUGAAAAACCUGUAUUCAUCGUUAAAUCGCUCGUUCAACAUCACAAUGCGAUGGAUCGUCUCGUUGUUUCGAUAGGCAGAUCGUUGAAACGCGACGAACAAUACCGCGAGAAUUAGUUAUAAAUUAAGCGUGUCCAGUGAAAAAAAAAAAAAAAAAAAAAGGAACAAAAGGCUGACAGGGGACGCGUUACAGGCCGGAAAUGGCCGUCUGAACUCCGUUGUUCGCUUUGUUCUCGUACGCUAACGAGCGUCCAAGCAAAAGCGUAACACAAACCUUGAAGCGUCGCGUUAUGCAACGUGUUUCAUACAUGAAACACACGGAGGAUCGUUGUUGGCGCAUAGGUUUUCUCUAAAUCCGAUCCGCAGUCGCUAUUUAUAGAGCGAAAUUCAAAUUAAUCCAUCGUUUAGAACAAUAGUUUGUGUAUCUGACCGAUGAGAAAUGUUGGAGAUCGAUUCGAAAUCUUGAUCGUUUAACGCGUUAAUUUACCUCCGAUUCUCGUGUUUCUCUUCGUACGUUCCUUUCAACACCUUUUGUUGAUUUAUAGACAUUCGGUUCCAGUUACUCAUUAAUUCAAUACGUGCUUCGUACUCGUUGUACACCUUUGCAUACUUUGCUUCCUACAUAAAUAAGAGGAAGUUAGAGUCAGGAAUGGUAUUCGUGAAAUUUCCAUAGUUAAAGAUCGAGGAACGCGUGCUUUUUUCGACUAGACGAUUUCGCAAACACUAUGAUUCGCGGUAUUUCGACCCCGGGUUUUCGAAAUUCAUCGAUUCCCGGUUCAAUAACCUUGAUACGGUUGAUACGAAAUUUCACAAUGGAAAAUAGCACGAGUUUCAUGGAUAUUCAGUUUGAUUACCACAGCAAUUCUCAAUUUGCAUUCCUGCUAAUCGAAGGUCUUCGAAUCGAAGCGGUAAAUGUUCUCUAUUAAUAUGUAAAUAAGUACUUGUCUCUUGUCGUUAUGUGCUAUUACUAUUUAUCAACGUCCGCGCGAAGAUUGACCGAGGAAAUUUUGAACGAGACGUUUCUUUAAUCGCAUUCUCGCGACACGAGGCGUGAAUCAGCAGACACGCGAAAAAGGAAAAGUAAAUAACCAGGAUUUAACGGUAUUAACCUUAAUCACUAGCUUUUGUACACCCACCACCGUGACCCAAUUACAUUGACGCCUGGACUGAUACCAGACACGCUUCUCCUGUUUACAAUCAGUAGACGUAGCAAGUUUAUGCAAAUAUACAAGUAUUUUUCUACAAUGAUUCCAACGUGUAACACUUGUAAGUCCAAUCAAGUGGCGUUGUAUAAAGUAUCUCUGAAACAAAAUGAAAAUUCUGAAAUAGCUCUCUGGUGUUUAAUUAGCGAAUGAUUAGCGGCUCGUUAUUAAGGUUAACAAUUUCGAUGGCGAAUCCUGCUAUUCUGAUUUUUAUUUCUCUCUGUCGCACGAUGCAAGGACACGUGGCUCGAGUCGGUAUUGUUGUUGCUGCAACAAUGAACACCGGUGCACUCUCGUUGCAAUUUACCGUUGCUGCUGGACCGUACACCUACGGGCAGCAUCUGCUGGCAAGGUCAUAAAUAAAGUUUCACAAUCAGCCACACUCGAGAGGAACUGGGAACUUUGUCGUCCAUAGUGACACACUUUACCAAGAAUUAAACACUCUUUCAAGCUUCUCGUCGGAAUUUCUUUUACCAAGAAAUUACCAAACUUUAGAUUUCCAUUUUCUACGAAUUCAUCUUAACGCUUCUAUUUUCGAUGCGUUUGUUGUUGAUCAUUAAUAUCGGGUCCUCGAAUCUCGACGUUUCGAAUGAAUUCGUCAAGAUCAGAAAGUUCUCGUUGAAUACAGCACAAAUUAAACCUGACAAUAUAGCUAAUUUUUCCUUCCCCCCGUUUUAUCGCGAUUCCUUUUCAACAAUGAUCAUGUGUCACAUCGUCUGAAACGCGUCGUGUUUGUCUUGCAAUUAGAACGCGUUCUGCGAACACGAAAUUGAUGUCUGGCCUCGAUUUCGUUGACGUUGUCAUAAUUCAUGAUCUCGCUCAAUUGUCGCGUUGUUACGCAAUGGCGUUGUCAUCAGAAAGCUUUGUAAACCGAGCAACUCUGACCCUAAGAAAAAAAAAACAGAAGGGAAAACAUCAAGGAUGAUUUUCGAUAGAGUCGAAAGGAAUUCCUUUUUGCAGCCUGUUUUACGGCGUUAACAUCGUAAAUAAAACUCGUCGAAGUAACGAGACACAGUGGUGCUGUUAAGAAUAGUCCGAUUCUUGGCCGGCACUGAGAUUUACGAAGGUGGAAUGAUUUAUUUGCCGAAUAUCUUGCUGCCACUUAAACCGCGCUCCACCCUUUUCACGCCACCUUUGCCGGAUGUCCUUUCGAGCAACGCCAUUCUGGACCACCGUCCUUUGUAACUUCAUCGAUGCUCCUGUUGCUUAUUUGCACCUCCAGGUUUGCGGAACGACGCGAAUAUCCUCCUUCCGGGAAAGAGGAAUAAUUCAAUUCCGUUGAACGUUUAAUACCCUGAAGAGACAUCUUUCAAACGAAACGUUGAUUUUCGUAAAAGAUUAGGUAAAUUGUUAGGAACUUGUCGAUGGAAGUUUGCGAGAUGUAAGAGGUGUGAUAAAUAUUGAUUAAUGAAAUUUUAAUUAACAUCGCAAGUGGCAUUUGCAAAGUGAAAGGUUUGCAAAUAAAAAUGAUGCAUUUCUCUAUCUAUCAGUGAUUAUACCAAGAAAAGAUUUGAAUAAGCGUGCAAUAACGUUUGAGAAAAUUGCAUGAAAAUGAUAGCUUAUCAGCUAUCGAUGAGAAUUAUAGACUUCCGAAGCUGUUGACCAAGGAAACUAGGAAUUAAGAAAAUCAUAGGCUAUUGUGAACAGGUUAAUAAGAUAAUUCUUUACUAAUUAGUUAAACGGUAUUUCUUUUUGUAAACGAUGAUUCAUUCGUUGCACAGGAUUCCUUAUGUUCUAUGUUUUAUAAUAUGGAGAUCAAUCAGUUAUUUAUUAUGGGUCUUAAGCUCGUUCAUGCACCUAGUUCGGUUCGGUUUCCAUUGAGAUGCUAAUACCACGCCUCGCUUUAUCAUCAUUUGGAAACAUUCUCCGUAUCUCGUGAGAAUCAGGGAUAAGGAAAAAACCUAAAAUUACAAGGAAUCAUCUAUUUAUCAUGCAUCCUCUUCGAAGGACGUUCGCAAUUAAUUAGAAGCCAGUGUUUAACAAGAAUGGGAGGAAGUAGCGUACUGCACUCUGACCUUACACACACCUUACCGAGAUGCCAACAAUCGUAAGAAACGAAUGGUAGCUCUAGUGGGUGUUACUAUGCGUCUCCUACGCUUUGAUGGGAAUUGAUGUUUCCGACGAUUAUACUUAAACGACCUCUCUGCACUCGAUACCGGAAACCACCUUGCUCGACGCGCGAUUUCGAGCAUCCGAAUCGUGCGAAAAUUGCGAUUACCUUAAUAAUCGAACCGCUUGGUGUUUUCGAAUAAAAGGAAGAAAAACGAAGGCGACCCACGCGACCGCGAUAUUUAUAAAUCCUGAAAGCAGCCGAUUACCGAGAAGAUUUAAGAUAUCAGAGUCGUUGGGGCAUCGGUCGUCGUUCGUCGCGAUCGAAUAUUCAUGAGCACGAAAUAUAGCUUGAGGAUGACAAAUAGUCGACUAAUUUCACGCCGCAUACCGAAACCCACACCCGUUCCUUCGCACGCGUACUCCUUUCACGGUUUCCAUCCGAACCUGACAUCAAAAAAAAUAUUCACCGUGGCAACUUGUUUUUCCUACGGUUACACAGAAUUCUGUACGGAUAAGUUUUUGAUAACGCAUCUUUUAUCUAAUGAACUUCGUGAACGUAAUAAUCGAGCGCUCUUUAAUUCACUAUCAAUUUCUAAGCGAUCAAAGGUGAAAAUAAAAGCCGACGCUAUAAUUAUCGUGUAAUUUCAAUCGAGUACCGAGACUACCGGUUGCUUGCGAAUCGUCGAUAAAGAUACGGGGUUAAGGAUAAUUAAUUUCAGUCGCCGGGGAACGUCUAAGAGAGAAGACAGAUUACUUCCGGAUCCCAUUAAUAGCUCAUAAAUCGUGCACGCUAUCGUCGUGUAGGAAUAAUCCGCGAUUUCAAGCGAGAUUCGUCACGGAAAAGACGACGGAACGGCGGCAACAAGAAAUGGGAGAAUGAACGUUUAUGCGAAGGUUUCAAAAUAGAAUCAGCAAUGAUCGUACAAAUUAAAGCUUUUCUUUUUUAUUAUUCAUACAGAGAGAAACAUUAGUUUAUUGGUUUUGUAAGAGAGGAUAGGUGAAUUUUCCUUGCAGCUGAUACGUAUUCGUCAUCCUUUUGUCUAGAAACGAGUGAACCCCCGUCGUAGGAUUUAACUUACGAAUUAAUCAAGCGUAGAAACGACGUUCCCUUCAGCCAGGCUUACUCAUUAUUCUUCUUACAUGGUCAGAUAAAUUACGCUAGUUAAUUAUGAAAGUGCUGGACCUAGUGGCGGUGUGCAAUCCACGUGAACAGCAGCAACAGCAGAAAUUCGCGAACCAGUCGACUGCCUGGCUCGUGCUUCUUAUUGCUCAAUCGAGAAACUAGAUAGGAACAAAGGAUCCUCUAAGGGGCUCCAUUAAUUUCCUGCUGGAGACAAGAACGAACGAUCCGCGUGUUCUUGUUUCCUCUGGUACUCGCUUUAGAGAAACCGCGAUUGUUACGAGAACGUUUAUCUAUUCAGAGUUUUUAAAUGAAAUUCAGAACGCGCGACGAGUGUGCGAUUACAAAUUUUCUGGAAACUGGUAAGGAGAGCGUGACAUGGGAACUGGGUCGACGAUGAACCGCGACGAUUCCUCGAAAAGCGUCGUGUCUCGCGUUUGUUCGGCCUAGAAUACGCGAACGGAAUCAUAAUAGAAAAACACGAUCUGCAUGUCUGCUUCAUCUUCCCUCUCGUAACGAACCAACGGCGUCGCUUAGUCGGUGAGCGUGGGCUCCGUGAUCGCGAGGUGAUUCAGGUUAAUUACGAUUGCGUGUAAACGCGUCGCCUAGCAUCGCGGAAAAAGAAAACGCGCAAAGGACGACGCUUUUCCGGUUUCUGGCGACUGCUCGAGAUUGUUUUUCAAGCGGAGCAACGAGGAAAAAUAAAUAAAAGAUGCGUCUCGUCUUUCGUUGACUCGUACCACUGAAUUCGAAACGAAUCUAUGGAAUUCUCUCUCGUUUCGUUGUAAAGCGAUAUACGUUUCUCGCUGCACGAUGCGAAGUGAAAGAAAUUGACCCUGGAAGAAUAAAAAAGAAAAAUCCGAAGCAUUCAUCAAGCAACGACACGUGGAAAUAAUUGCAGUCAACGAUGCGCGCGAUGCUCGAUGCAAAUCUUCCUUCUGCAAUUAACGAUCCUCUAAUCAUUAUCGCGUCACUCUGAACGGACUGAAGUGUCCGGUAUUUGUUUAUGUCCCCGUGGCGUACAAAGCGCAUUAAUAAUCUUGGCACGACGCUAUAAGUAGCGUAGGGAGAGCCUAAUCGAAAGCGUGCAUGAGUCAGAGGCUCGCGAUUGUCGUGCGAUGCACGCUUGACACGAUUUGCCGUACUUCUACAUACUUGCUCAGAGAAACGAGGAAAGUCUCAGCUUCGUUACUUGGAAUCCCCCGUUUCUCGGCUUCUGGCCGAGUAAAAGAAAAUGGCCCCUGCUUUCGUACGGGGAUCGGCAACGUACCCGCGGAGAAAUUGCCCGCUGGAAAAGCAAGUCUGUAUGUUUAUUAAACUUCCUGCUAAUUUACGACAGAAACCGCGUAGACACUCUUGUUCUCUGAAUUAUUCCCCAGCGGCUGUUAAAAGUCAGAAAAGCAAAUCCUCGUUUCAGAAUAAUAUCGGGGAAAAAACAUAUGAAAGAUGCGUUUCCAUUGAAAGGAUAUCCAGGUGAACGAUGUUUCUCGGAGCCGAUCGACCGUCGGAGGAACGUUUUACCAGAAACUCGUCAUCGCGAAGAUAAAUGUGCAAGCAAGUGGCUGCACCUUAGUCCGCUACGAAAUGGCGGCAUUAAUAAUGAAUCACGUCGCGAUUUUGCUAAGUUUUACGAUCGUAAGCGCCGAGCAGAGUGGGCGGUCGUCGAAGGUCUGCGAGCUAUCGCAGCCUCGCGAAAUCGAUUCGCGACCAUUUUUUCCCUCCCUCCAUCCCUCGCCAUCAGACGGGAUUAAUGAAUGUACAUUUUCCAAGAACGUGACACUAAUCGCGAACGACCAGCAAGUAAUCUUUCUAAUAGAUGCAGAAUCGUUGCAGGGUCGAAGAGCUUUGUUCUUUGCACUUUUGAUAAAUUAUACGCAGAGAAUGUACGUAGUCCUUUUGCUCGCACGGAGCUAAGGAUAUCCUCGACGAUCAAUAACCGCGCUGACGUCAAAACGCAAACAGGGCUGACCAUCGAAAAGAACGGGGCCGAAGAGCUUAGGGAUAUUUAGGUAAUUAGAUAAUUAGAUUAGUUUGAUCAAUUCGAAAGCGAAUAUCGUUAUGAAAGCUCGCUUGAACGUUGCAAGAUACAUACACGGUUCGAAAUGGGAACACGGUCGAGCCGAGUGCAGAAAAAAGGGAAAUCAGAAGAGACGAAUGGCGUUAUGCAAGAAAACGCGCUUUCACGAGCCGCGAUAAGCAACGCGUGUCCUUUUGUUAAGCCGACAGCAGAGUUUCUCGUUCUUCCUUAAUGACCGAUGCAAAUACGCGUAGUUAGGUCUCGUUGGGCUUGUUUCGCUAUUAUUUGUCUUUAUAGCACCGCCAUUGGUGCUCGUGUCCUCUUUUACAUUUAACAAGCAACCAUAACGCGUCGCUAUCAAAUUUGCAGUAAACCAACGGUUGUCGCUCGCUUCAAAUAACAGGGAACUUUCGAAUUUCUUCGGGGUAAAAUAAUUAACGAUACAGCCGAUAAUUGCAUGCCAUAACAGAUGUAAUACUAAACGUUACAUCUGCUGACUCGAUCCGAGGGUGAAACUCGCACGAGGAAUAAUCUCGUCGACUUAGAGUUGGUUAGAUCGACCAACUUAAAGUUGUAAAUCUUCCUUGACGUGGCUGAAAAGGUUGAAGAAUGGGUGUUCAGCAAAUGAAGGUGUUUAGUCCCUGUCUGACGGUGAUUAUUGAUACAAAGCGCAACAGUCUGCUGUCGUUUCAAUUGAAGGGUUAACGAGGUUUCUGCACGCUGGCUAAUUAGGAUGUCGCCGAGAACGUUUAUUUUUCGUUAGAACUAGAAUAUUAUCGUGAAAAUGACGGCUCGAUGAACGUGGCCGAGAGUAACAAUCAUAAUGUACAGUGUACAUAAUCCUGACGUGGUCGUUUCAUUGAUGUUUACGAGCACGGGCACGCGGGAAAAUUCUCUUUGGUCUAAUUAAGGCCGCCGACUCGCGUCUUCUCGCGAUGAGAUAAUUACCACGUCGCGACGACGAUUUUGAUUUAACAGAGCCACCGCGGAAAAAUAGAGAUUUCCUAGGAAUUCCUUAACCGAAGUAUUUACUUCCUUGAUUCGUUCUAAUCGUUGCUGCUUGCUAACCGUCAACGCGUCCUUGCCGUUUAUAAAUAAUUUUAAAUAAUUCCUCUAAAUGCUUGAAAACGCACGCGCGACUUUGGUAUCGAUGAACCUUGACGAAGAAGACACUAGGAAAAAGGUGCAAUAACGUGGAAGAUAGAAAGAGACACGAAAGAAAAUUGAAUUUUUUAGCGAGUCAUCAAAACUACCGGGAAUUCGCAAAGUUGCACUUCUUAUUUCAAGGUUCAUACGAGUUCAAUUUGUCUGCGGUGUUAAGCGAAAUUUGAGAAGCGACGAUGUGACGUUAUCGAGAACGAAAAUCGUGACGUUUCCUGUUUUCUGAAAGAAAUCCUUGAAGAACAUCGGCUGUCUUAAGUGCUUAAACAUUUCUCGAAGACAUUGUAUCGAGUAAUAACACGUUACGCAAAGAUCAUAAAUCAAGCGUGCAAUUAGAAGAGAAAAAAAUUAUCGUCAUUAGUUUCUUCUGUUUCGAGCAACAUCAAAGACGCGUCCGAUUAUCGCUUAUCGCGUUUGCAGAAGAAAAUUGCACAAUUCUCGUCGCGAUGCGUUCGGCGCAUUCGCGUGAAAAGAUCUGAAACGAAAAAAACAAGUCGCUGCUUUCUCGAAGCAAAAUGAAUAAUUCCUGCACCGAUCGGCCGACUUGAAUCAUCGUUUUGCAUUUCGCGCGAUCGCCAGGCACCGCCUCUUCGACGCUUCAGCCUCGAGCGUGGAAGCGUACCGAGCGUACGUACGUGGGAAGCGUUCCGGAGCGGAGACUUCUGAGAAAAAGUUGGGAAAAAAAUACGUUGAAUGUCCAGGGUAUGAUUCACCUGGAGAAACGCUCGCUUCUGCAUCUUCGUUAGUCAUUUUGGAGCAAUUCGCCGCUACAUCGACUGGCGAGGCGGUAGUUGCACGAUCACGAGCAGACUAAUUAUCACGGCUAGACCGCGAAUUAGGGACGUGGAAGAUUAAACGAGGGAAUCGUCGUUGCGACGACGAACCUUAUCGUCGGCCUCGAUCUCUCACCACUCGUCUCUUCACGUCCGCAGGAUGCGAGAAACACGAGGUCUCUCCUUUGCCGCGUUCGUCGGCUACCGGCAAAGAUAACUCGUGUCAUUAAAUAUGGCCCUCGUCAUUUGCAUCCGUCGUCGCUGCUGGGAAUACACGCUGUGGAUCAAGAUUGGAAAAAAACAAGCACAAGUUCCAUCGUACCAAGGAGAUCCAUCUCGCAGUGGUCUAAAUACCGGACGGAUACUUAGCGUACAGAUCGUGCAAUUACCAAAUUUUUUAAAAUAUUCUAAUGAGACAAAGAAUGCGAAUUCAAAUUUCCAUCAGUUUUCAUAGACAUCUUUGAAGGUAACUGCGAAUGGCACUCGAAGCCACAAUCAGUUUCAAGUUUCGACGAUCCCACGAAAGAGGUUAAAGAUUAAUCAGACAUUUCUAAAAUGGCCAGAUCUGGGAAGAAAGAAUUGGUAGCUCUUCAAGCCGAGAUAGAGACAGAGGAAGACUGGGCCCAAUUGCUCGCUCGGGAAGGUUUGAUUUUAGCUGACGUCUAUUCCGAAUGGUGCGGUCCUUGUAUCGCUAUGGUCAGCACCUUACGAAACGUGAAAUUGGAGAUCGGUGGUGACGCGAUCGGCUACGCGAUCGUGAAAAACGAUAAUAUCGCCGAUCUCGAGAGAUUCCGUGGCAACAGCGAGCCCGUCUGGAUGUUCAUUCAGAAUGGUCAAAUGGUUAACCUAAUGUUCGGCGCGCAUUGUCCGAAAUUGAAGAAACUAUUGAUCCAGGAAAUUCGAAGAGCCCAACAGAACGAGGAACCGGAAAUGAGGCUGCACCCGAGCACUCGUACCCCCGAAGAAGAGACACAAUGGCAGGAAAAAGAAGCAAUCAGGAAAGCGAUCGAGCAGCGUCGACUCGCCAAAGAAGAAGCAGAGAGGCAAGAGAAGUACGAGGCGUUCCUGGCACAAAUGAUGUUCGAAAUGUCGGAAGAGACGGCUCUGGUUUUCUAUCCGUGGGUCUUCAGGGACGAGGAGGGUAGACGCCGAGACAAAUACCAAAGCCCCCCGUACACCGAACUGAUAAACGUUCUGUUCAAACAGAACUACGACGUUCUCGAAGAGCAACGAAUACGUUUCACCGAAGAGAUGAUCGAAAAGAUGUUCGUCGAGAGCAACGUCGAAAUUACGAAAGAACUGAUCGCAGGUGUGUUCUAUCUACGGCCACUUCCUGCCCCUUCGAACUUUCUAUUCGAAACUUAUCUUCUCUUUCGCUUCGUACAUCCUCAUUCAGGUUUAAUGGACGGUGUAACCGUGGCGAUGAGAUUGAAAGGUAGACGACCUCAUCCGGAUUGGCCCGUACCUUAUCCCUUCGAGUGUCCUAAAGGAACGAAAAGAUGUCCAAUGAGAGCGAUCAACGACGUCGAGGAGUAUCUCGUUCAUUUAUUGACCAGUAAAACCCCGUUGUUGAUCGGCGAAGUUCAUCCACCGCAAUUUGAUAGUUCGUACAUGAACAGAUACGUGUAUGUUCACGAACCCGAUCCCGAGGACGAGGAGGAUUUUCCUAGAGUGGACCCUGUGGUUUGGGUGCCUCCUCAAGCCAGAAGCAAAGUGCACGUUUACACGACCCUGUUCUCCGGCUACGUGGAGAUGGUGCACCCUUACGACGAACCAGUCCCUCCGCCUCCUUUCUGCGCUUUCAAAUUUCGUUUUCAACAAUUCGAAGUUCUCCGCGACGCUUGCGCUUUCUUCCCGGAUGCGGUUGAAUAUUUCGGUGCGUUCGAGUUCGACAGACCGCACGUCGCUAGACGAAUCGCUUCUUGCCCGGAGGACUUCGAGAAAAAGAUGAAGUACCAAACGGGAAGCGAGAUCUUUGUGGUGAUUCUUCGAAGGAUGAGCGAAGAGGUUUUCUUGACGUUCGCUAGUAUCCAGCCUUAUUGCGUUGUCGAAGACGACGAGCAAGCUCAGGCAAUGAUAGACGAGUAUUUCCCUGAGGGGGCAGAGGAUAUGGUGUUAGAAGAAUCGAGCGAAGAAGAGGAAUCCUACGAAGCAGAAGCGGAAAUGGAGGAGGAAGAAGAGGACGAAGAGGAUUUGCAGGAGCAGGCGGAAACUGUAGACCCAUUCACGAUCUACAGUUAUGUCUAAAGUAUGCAUUUUUUAAAUUCAAUCAGAUUUUCAAAGAAAUUUAGUUGCCUUUACACGAGAACAAUUCAAUUCCAAAUAAUUGAAAAGCCGAGGAUUCCAUUCUUCGCGCGUUUUGGCAAAGCCGAAUCGUACUUGAACAUUCGCUUAUGUUGGCAACGCGUUUGCGUAACUUUGGCAAAAUUCCAUCGGAGCGUAAAGGUUGUAUUACGCACCUGCGCCCCCCGCUGCCAAAUCCUUAUCCUCGCGAUCGGCCAAAGAGAAACCGAUAUUUGCCAAGUGCAGAAGAAAACAAAGUCUUUCAUUCUUGUGGACGAAGAAAAAUUUCGAGGAACGAUUCGUUUCGCAUGGAAACGCGAAUGCGAGAACGGUUUUAGCGGGAAAGUCAGCCACGAUCAAAGCGAACGAAUUGAAUCGCGUUGAUCGAAUUAACGAGGCAAUUUGUCACGCGACCGAUGCGAUGCGAGAAAUUCACGCGGCAACGACACGCGAGAGGAUGCCUGCUCUUCCUCUUCGUACGAUACACUCCGGCGGAGAGUAAAUUUCACCAAGCGAUCCGAACAAUUGAACCAUUAACCGCGGAGACGUUAGUCAGCCGGCCAGUAAAUCUUUCAGUCGACUCGCUCGUUUUCAUCUGUAUUUUUGGCACGCUCCGAGACUCUUCGGCUAUACAACACUUGGAAAAGAAACAUGCCGAUUUCGAACGGAUCUUGAAACUGAACAAAAUCAGCUUAUCUUUUCCCUGAUACAUUCACCCGCAGAAUCUUUGCAUUCUUGUAUAGAAAAUUAUUGGCGAUUUAUUAAGAUGAUCUUUAAAGAUCGGUAUAAGCGACGGAACGUGUUUUCUUUUUUCAUCUUCGCGGCGGGAUAAGCGCGGUAGCGCCGGAGGCGGUCGAUUGCUUAAACAUCGGUAAUUAUUGCACAAGCGUUACGUAACUAAACACGGUCGAAUCGCGAGGAGGAGCCAGAGGGGAGGAAAAAAAAGGCGCAAAUUACAGUUACGCCGGAUAAUUCGCGUUCAUCGCGUGUCAUUAACGAUCGUUUCGUCUCCUUUCCUCUUUGUUACUCCCCAUUUCCGCCGACGCGAUGCAACGAUCAAGAUCGUUUUUCUCCAACACGCGAAAACGUCUGCGAGCUAUAGGUGCGACGAUAAUCGCUGUAAUCUAUGAUCGUCAUCGACGACGUUAAUCGAGAAAUUCCAAAUGCCCGCGAUCGCUCGAUACCGCGUAUUUCAUCUGCUUUGCUUUUACUAGGAAAACUAUCGAACCGUGUGAAUAAGAUUUAUACUAAUCCGCGAACACAUAGAAGCUCGUUAAAAUUUGAGUUUGUCAGAUGGAACAUGGUGCACGUAGAAAGUUCGGUGGACGAAGAAAGACGCGUUUGCGGUUCGCGAAGAUAAAUUUACACGCGACUCCGCGUCGCCGAUGCCUGUUCACGUACCCUCGUUUCUUUUCCCUUCUACGAUGCCGACCCCGUAUAAGCGGUCGUUUUCUUUUCGCCUGGUCGCAAAUAGGAACCGGACUCGCGUCUUCGUGCUCGAGUAAAAUUAAUGGCGUCGCGUCGGGACGCGAUUCGCCGACGCCUGCACCCUGAUUUACAAUGUCAAAGUUCGCGGCAGGUCGAUAUAAAAGGCUAGUCGAAUAAUUCAACGGUCGUUCGUUUCUUGAAUAACAUUGGAAAUUUUUCAUUCUCCUAAGAAUAGAAUCAGUUACAGGGAAAAAGGGAAACGAUUACUUUUUCUUUCGAUUAUGUCACCGUCGUGUCAUCGACGCUUUUUCUAUCCUUCGAGGAAACGAAAGAUUUCGCGCGAGAUUUAAGAAACGAAUCUUGGACCACUUUGUUUCAGCGAAACGAGUGGAGUUAAUUUCGUACGCGGCCCUCUGUUUCCACCUAAUGGACCGAUCGUUCGCUUCCGGUUUGCGCGAAACACGCUGAUCGUGAGUCAACCAAAGACGUUACUAUGAAAAGAAACACGCGACGUGGUUUUCUAACGGGCUUCCUAAGAAACAAACAACAGAGACUACUCGUUCCCUCGGUUUAUUAUUGAACAUCGGUCAAAUGUUUAACAUCCGUGCUGCCUAGUAACAGUGAAAUUUUAUAAAAUUUCCAGUCGUUGAGUCUGCAUCGGGUAA